AUGGGCUUCCUCAACUUCCUCCUGUCCGUAGAAUUCAGUUCGCUGGCAGAGGACCAGGAAGGAAGCCGCUGCCGGACUGAGCCUUCCUCGAAGGAGGCGUCUCUGGAAGCAGCCGCAGGGAUUGCUGCCUCUCAAGGCCAGCCGGAGCAAAAAGUGAGCAAGACUGGCAUCUCAAGCAGAGAGCCCGGCGUGAAGUAUACACCUGUGGUCCCAGCUCUGAAGGAGGCUAGUGAAGACACCCAGCAGCAGAUCAUCCGGGAAACCUUCCACCUAGUGUCCAAGAGAGACGAGAAUGUCUGCAACUUCCUGGAAGGAGGCUUGUUAAUCGGCGGCUCUGACAACAAGCUGAUCUACAGACACUAUGCAACGCUGUAUUUUGUCUUCUGUGUGGACUCCUCAGAAAGCGAACUUGGCAUUUUAGACCUCAUUCAGGUGUUCGUGGAGACCUUAGACAAAUGUUUCGAGAAUGUGUGUGAGCUGGAUUUAAUAUUCCAUGUGGACAAGGUUCACAAUAUCCUGGCAGAAAUGGUGAUGGGCGGCAUGGUGCUGGAGACCAACAUGAAUGAGAUUGUCACGCAGAUCGACGCGCAGAGCAAACUGGAGAAGUCUGAGGAUCAGGGUGGCAGUGACGGAAGUGCAGGACGAUGGCUCAGUCUGAGAUCUGAGCACGAAGAAAGAGUGGGCGUCAGAAGACACUUGGCAGCUCUGUGUUUUAAAGCAGAGCUGCCCUGCGUUUCUCCCUAGCUGAAUUUGCUGCUAAUUUUUACAAGGAGGAGCUUGUAAUGGUGCUGGGCCAAAUGUAGGACUUUUGAAAGUG